AUGAACAAGCCAGGUCUUUCGUACGGCCUCAAUUUGACCAAGAAGCCCGGCGUAAAGGCACAGCCCGCAAAGACGAGGCCAGGUGGUAUUUUCGGUGGCGGCGAUGAUUCAGACUCGGAUCACGAUGAGCCUCAGCCCACAGCAUUCGCCAAAUCAGCCGCAAAGUCGAAAGCCCGGCCUGGCGCGCCGCCUUCUGCACCGCCCAAGUCCAAGAAGCCGCAAGUUUCCAUGUAUGGCGAUCUUUCGUCGGCGCUAGAAUCGCGGAGGAACGCAGAGGCAGCCGAAGAGCUUGAUCCAUCGAUAUACGACUACGACGGCGUAUAUGACUCGAUAAAACCAGAGAAAAAGACGACAAAAGAGGAUGCCGAGCGCCGGCCAAAAUACAUGAAGAAUCUCAUAGCUUCGGCAGCCGUCAGAAAGCGCGAUGCACUUAUAGCCGAGGAAAAGAAGAUUGCACGGGAGCGCGAGGCUGAGGGUGAGGAAUUCGCAGACAAGGAGAAAUUUGUGACCGAGGCCUACAAAAUGCAACAAGAAGAGAACCGGAGGCUCGAAGAGGAAGAAAAGAGACGGGAAGAGGAAGAGGCGCGCAAGAAUAAAGGAGGCGGAAUGACGGCAUUCUACAAAGACUUGCUGAACCAGGGCGAUCAACGACAUGCUGAAAUGAUGAAGGCUGCCGAAGAGAGGGCAAAGAACGGACCUCAGGAGGACGAAGAGGCGCCGAAGGAGGAAACGACCGCAAGCGCCACAGACCGAGCAAGAGAGCUCAAUGCAAAAGGUGGCUCAAUAGCCAUCAACGAAGAUGGCGAUGUGGUCGACAAGCGCGAAUUGCUCAAAGGAGGUCUAAAUCUUGGAGCCAAGAAGAAGCCAGAAGUUCGCCAGGCAGAGAAGAGAACAGAGCAAAAAGACGACCGCAGUUCGAGGGGUAACUUUGGUGCAGGCGGUAAGAAUGCCAUGCGCGAGCGUCAAUCACGAAUGAUGGAAGCACAGCUAGAACAAGCGCUCAAGAGGUCCCUUGAAGCAGAAGAGGAAGAACGAGAGCAGGUUGAACGUGCCGCAAAGAGUCGAAAGACCGAAACUGAGAUCUCUAGCGCCAAAGAGAGAUACUUGGCUCGAAAGAAAGCGGCAGAAGAGGCAAAGAAGAAUGGCUUGUAG